AAAGAUCCCAAUUGGAGCCCUAACUCUGCGAGUGUGCAUAGCAGCCCAAGCGUUUUGGUGUGUGUGCGUUACGUAUCGUGGGCAUCUCUGCUCUGUGCAUUUUCCUGUGUGUGGGUAUAGCAAUUGCUCUGUGUAAUUUCUUCUGCUUCGUCUUCAUCGAUUAUUCAUUCAGAGCAGUGAGCAGCUAGCAACGUUCCAGCAUCUUCGUAAAAGUAUUUAUAAUCUUACACUGCGAAGUGCAGCGUGGGCUGUGGCAAUGGCUGAGUAUGAUUUAACCCCAAGGAUGGCGCCAAAUCUGGAUAGGCACUUGGUGUUCCCUCUUCUGGAGUUCCUGCAGGAGCGCCAGCUGUACAACGAUGAUGACAUUCUGAAGGCGAAGAUUGACCUUCUCAAUAACACUAACAUGGUUGAUUAUGCUAUGGACAUUCACAAGAGCCUCUACCACACUGAGGAUGUCCCUCAAGACAUGAUUGAACGCCGUGCUGAAGUUGUUGCCAGACUCAAGUCACUUGAGGAGGGUGCUGCCCCCCUUGUUGCAUUCCUCCAGAAUGCUGCUGCUGUCCAGGAAUUGAGGGCUGAUAAGCAGUAUAAUCUACAGAUGCUCAACGACAGAUACCAGAUUGGUCCUGCACAAAUCGAGGCCUUGUACCAAUAUGCCAAAUUUCAGUUUGAGUGUGGAAACUACUCUGGUGCUGCUGACUAUCUUUAUCAGUACAGAACCUUAUGCACAAAUAGUGAAAGGAGUUUAAGUGCAUUGUGGGGAAAGCUGGCAGCUGAAAUAUUGAUGCAGAACUGGGACAUUGCUCUUGAAGAGCUCAAUCGUUUGAAGGAAAGCAUCGACUCAAAGAAUUUUGCAUCUCCUUUGAAUCAGGUGCAAAGCCGAAUAUGGUUGAUGCACUGGAGUCUGUUCAUCUUUUUCAAUCAUGACAAUGGGAGAACACAGAUAAUUGAUCUGUUUAAUCAAGACAAGUAUCUAAAUGCAAUCCAAACCAGUGCUCCACACCUUUUAAGAUACUUGGCCACAGCAUUCAUUGUUAACAAGCGCAGGAGACCUCAAUUCAAAGAUUUUAUAAAAGUUAUUCAACAAGAGCAGCAUUCAUAUAAGGACCCCAUCACCGAGUUUUUGGCUUGUGUUUAUGUCAACUAUGACUUUGAUGGAGCACAAAAGAAGAUGAGAGAAUGCGAAGAAGUCAUUCUCAAUGAUCCUUUCCUUGGCAAACGGGUUGAAGAAAGCAACUUUUCAGCUGUGCCAUUGAGGGACGAGUUCCUUGAAAACGCUAGGCUAUUUAUCUUUGAGACAUACUGUAGAAUACACCAGCGCAUUGACAUGAGAGUUCUUGCUGAGAAGUUAAAUUUGAAUUAUGACGAGGCUGAGAGAUGGAUUGUUAAUCUCAUCCGUAGCUCGAAGCUUGAUGCCAAGAUUGAUUCUCAAACAGGAACAGUUAUCAUGGAACCUAAUCAUCCAAAUGUGCAUGAGCAGCUGAUAGACCAUACCAAGGCCCUUAAUGGGCGUACUUACAAGUUGGUCAGUCAACUUCUGGAACAUGCACAAGCUCAGGCAGCUCGAUAACCGUCUAGAUAAAUCGAUGAGAGUAUUUUAUUUUUAUCUUUUCGGAUGCAUCAUUUGAUUUUGGUUUUCUGGGAUUUAGAAAUCACAUUCAGAUUUACGGGCUGUAUACCUCUUGGAAUAGGUUCUUUUGAUGUUAAGUGUUUGAUCCAGACAAGUAGUAUUGAUAACCAUUUUCCUUAAUAUGUUUGCCACAAACUUUAUCAUUGGGCAUUGCAGCUCUUGGCAUAUUUGACCUUCAUCUUCUAUUUAGAAAUUAUCUUGUUUUUUCCUUU